UCGUCGUCGUGUCUAUCGUCUAUAAUCGUCUCGUCAGUCGUCGAAGUCUCACAUGUAAAUUCAAAGCUUCGGGCUGUUGAAUUGAAAGCCCCAAGGCAGAGCAGAGGUACAAUGUUCACCGCGUGUGUAUGAUUGUAUUAUUCGCGUCUGCGAUUGUCCACCACCAGUCGAGUUUCAAUCGUUGACCAGUUCGGUUCGGACAUCGGAGUUCUUGGUGCAUUGGUGUUAGCUAAUUUGGCUUUUGAGUACUGAUCGAGAAUAGAGCACGAUGUCUUUAGUGGACACCUUAAAGGAGCUGUACAAGUUCAGUGUGAUAGACUAUGGCGUGUUUGCGUCGAUGCUGAUCCUUUCGGCGGCCUGCGGAAUAUACUUUGGCUUCUUCAAGCGAACCGUGAAACAAACACCGGAUAGCAGUGAUGACGAGUGUGGUCCCAGUCGAGGCAACAAUGGCGCAAAAGCCAAACGAAUAACAAGCUUUGGAUCGUCUUCGAUGGACGAGUACCUGUUGGGAUCUCGGAAGUUGAAGGCCUUUCCCGUGGCGAUGAGUUUGGUUGCGGGGUACAUCUCCGGGGUGACGAUCUUGGGAACGCCUUCGGAAAUCUACAACUUUGGUACGCAGUACUGGUUGAUAGUUGUGCCGAUCCUGCUGAUGGGCGUGGCCGUCUGUACCAUCUACCUCCCGGUGUUCUGUUCCCUGAAGCUGAAUUCAUCAUAUGAGUACCUAGAGCUGCGAUUCAACUCAUCGGUCCGGUCAAUGGCUUCUGUGAUGUUUGUUCUGGACGAGCUAUUUUUCCUGCCUAUGAUAAUCUACGUGCCGGCGUUGGCGUUCAAUCAAGUUACUGGAUUCAAUCUUUACAUCAUUGGAGCUAUAGUAUGUGUGGUGUGCAUAUUUUAUACUUUACUGGGUGGCAUCAAAGCUGUCGUCUUCACCGAUGCCUGGCAGGUUGUGGUGAUGUUCAUCUCCGUGGUCAUUGUGGUCAUCCUGGGCACAAUCAGCAUCGGCGAUCCGGAAAUCAUUUGGAAACGAGCAGAACUGGGAGGUAGAAUUGAUUUUUUCAACAUUAAUCCAUCGAUGUACGAGCGACAAACCUUUUGGGGUGUCCUGAUUGGAGGUUUCUUCUAUUGGACAUCGUUCAAUUCGGUCAACCAAACAAUGGUCCAGCGGUACAUGUCACUGCCAAAUUUGAAGAAAGCGAAAUUAUCCAUUGGAAUGUUCACCAUUGGAAUGGGUGUUUUCGUAUCCGUUUGUUGCUACGCUGGACUGCUGAUCUAUGCUCACUAUUAUCAGUGUGAUCCAACAUCGUUGGGAUUUGUCAAGACUGACGAUCAGCUGUUCCCCCACUACGUUAUGGAGAUCGUUGGUCAUCUUCAGGGAAUCCCCGGAUUGUUCAUCGCUGGAGUAUUUGGUGCUGCUCUAAGUUCCCUAUCAGUGGUGCUUAACUCGACUUCUGCUGUGUUGCUGGAAGAUAUCCUGAAAGGAUUGUUCCGUGUGAAUCCUAGUCCUAGAGUAGCUAAUAUAUUUGUAAGAAGCUGCGUUGUAGUACUUGGACUCGCAGCCAUGGGUUGCCUAUUUAUUAUAGAAAAAUUGGGAGGAAUUCUGAGCGUUGCUACGUCACUAUCGGCCAUUGCUGCAGGAACGACCUGUGGGAUAUUCACUCUCGGAAUGCUGGUGCCCUGGAGCAAUUCCAAAGGAGCUCUGUCUGGUGGCAUCGCUGGAGCACUUUUAUCCGGUUGGGUAUCGCUAGGUGCGCAAUAUGCAAGUGCUAAUGGUGAUAUCCUACCUCACAAGCUGUCAGUAUCAAUUGAUGGAUGCCCAGCCGAUAUGCUCAACAACAGAACGAUUGUUAAUCCGGCGUAUCCAGAUGAAUCGAGCGUUUUCUUCUUGUACCGGCUAUCCUAUCAUUGGAUUACACCAAUCGGUGUAAUUACGGUUAUGAUUAUUGGAACGAUCGUAUCCUUCUUGACUGAACCCAGAAAUUUGAAGGAUAUUGAUCCGGAACUGAUCUCACCAGUCAUUCACCGAUUCCUACCACAGGAAUCAUUCGGAAAUUUUGGAUCUGCUAGCAAGGAAGUCCCGGUGCACAUUGGCGAGGAAAAGGCGUCACAGUAUGGAGUAGAGCGUUUGAGUGCCAAAAGGAAACGAGCUCCCUGAAACGGAAAAUACAUACAAUCAUAACGGGAUUCCAGUUACUUAAUGCAUUCGUCGUAUGCAAUAAUGGACUUAAGUAAAUGAUGAGGACUUCGUUACCCGAUGGAUGUUCAAAUCCAACCGUGUAAUCUCCUGAAGAUAUUGCAAUUUGCAACUGUUAAUCGUGCAAGGAAUCGUUUGAUCGAUUCUGAUCUAUAAAGACGUUUUGUGCUCUGUUCGAAGGGAGCCAGAGGUUUUCUCAGUUUUAUUAGAUUGAUAGGGUGGAGUGUCAUUAGAAGGUGUACCGGAGCUCGUAGGAUGGAGCGCCGUGCUGCAAUUGUAGGUACAAAUGUGCUAACAUUUCUGUAACUGCCUGUGAUACAAUCAAAAGAAUUGUUUAGUUCGUAAGUAGCAUACCAUAGUAAUGAUAUAUGAGAUAAAUUUUAACGUGCAACAAACUAUUAGUUGAAAUAAAUCUUUUUUAGGAAAACAUGA